CUAUGUCAACGAUCAAAUCCAAAUUCUUAGUCAACGAAUCAAAGUUGGACAAAUAAAAUGAGCCCCACCCACCAUUAAUUGGCCUGCCAUGGAUCAAUCUCAAUCAUGUCUCAGCCAAAUCAAAAACUGAUGACGGACGACGAUCAAGAGAAGCCUUUAUCUCCGGCGCCUGAGAUCCGUCAUCUGCCUACCGCCACCGUAGACGAAGCCUCGUCCACCACAUCAAAUAAGCAAAGCCAAGGCUUCCGCAAAUGCACCAUCUACUGCGGUAUCAUCACCGCCGUCGUACUCAUCAUCGCGGUGGUUCUGUUAGUCCUAGGCCUCACAGUCCUCCACGUCAAAAACCCACAAAUCACCAUGAACUCAGCAACGAUCAUCGGAUUUGACCGAGUCAACUCAACAGAUCUACUCACUGGUAAAGCCAAUCUGACUGUGGUGGCAGACGUCUCCGUGAAGAACAAUAACGUGGCGGCAUUUAAGUUUAAAAGGUCAAAUUCGAGUCUUUUGUACCAUCAGACGGUGAUCGGAGUGGCGGACGUUCCCGGAGGGGUGGCUAAGGCAAGGAGGACGAUGAGAUUGAACUUGACGUUUGAAGUGGCGGUGGCGGAAAUCACCGGAAACCAACAGUUUGGAAGUGAUUUGUCGACGGGGAUACUUCCGGUGGAAAGUUAUACAAAGAUUAAGGGAAGGGUUAAGAUACUGAACAUCAUUAAGAAAAAAGCAACGGUAACAAUGAACUGUUCCUUUGCCGUUAACAUAACGAGUCGGGGGAUUGUCGGUCAAAAUUGCAAAAGGCAUGUUUCUUUUUAGGAUUUCUUCUUCACAUGUAUUUCUAAUGAUUUUCUUGUUUUUUCAAAAAAAAUAUUUUUUGGAGUAUUAUAUAAAAGAAAUUAUAUUUUUGUUA